GUUUCCUGUAAUUAAAAGUCAUAAUUAUGUAGUGUCUGAUUUUGACGUUUUUGACAAGUUGUAAUAGAGGUUAUGUGAAUUUCUCAAGUGGGAUUUUUCUAAAAAAUAUAUAUUGCGAUAAUAACAACUUAAUAAUUGAUGAAAAUGUGUGAUGGAGGGUAGAAAAAGCGUUGAACUACAAAUCUACAAGUAAAUCGUUCAAAAUCAGUCAUCGAGUUAUGUUUAUUUGUGACAUAACCUCACAAAGUAAUUUUCUACUAAAAUACUAAAAUCGUAUAAAAGAAAAUGUUGACGAGGUCUUGUUUUCGAAUUAAACACAUUUGUCAGAAAGCCCCUUUAUUUUAUAAUCGAUUUUAUGUAGCUAAAAGAAAGUUAUCUACAUUCGAACAAAAUCAAUUACUGGGUCCUAACAAAGAUUUAGGGUUUAUUAGAACAUUCGUUUGGUCAAAAAUUUUAUCGAUUAGUGAUAAAAAUGAUAAUAACAAUAAAAAAGGUUGCUCAAGAAAUGAGGUUGAAGAGAAUGUUAAAAAGACACCUAUAUUACAAGUGAUAUCAGUUAACGUUAAGGAUAAAGAAGGUAUUCCUGUUGAAAAACCCCGAGAAGUUACAUUAGAAGGGGUAGAAGAAAAGAAUUUAAACACCGGAGCAACUUGUGUUCCAAAAACUUUAAAAGAAAAAAUCGUUGAAAAAUUAGGCGAAAAUAAAUCAGAAGUUAAAGAAAAAGCAGCUUUAAAAGCCGAAAAGAAACGAAAACGCGUUGAUUUCACAGUUUCGUCACUUGAAAGAAACUUUAUUACCCCAUUUAGAGCUAUGUCUGAUUUCUUAUUAAAACCGUCGGAUUUAGAAACCCUUCCAAAAACAAAACGAAGAUCCCCAUACGAAAGAGAACCCCCUAUUACGGUCUAUUGGAGGAAAGAUGUCGAAGCAAAAGCAUUAGAAGUAUGGGGAUCAAGGGAUAAUUUACUAAAAGAACAAUUAAAAAGGGAUAUUGAAAAGAAAAAAUAUCAACAAAAUAUUUUUACUGUUAAAAGGAGAUUAAGAGAUUAUCGGCGAGAAAUGGGUCGCUCUGUUGAAGCUGCUGAACUUGAAUCUGGAUUAAUGGGACGUUCUGGAAGAGUUGUAUUACUUGCAGUGGCUAUUAACACAACUAAUUUUCUUUUUAAACUUGGAGCUUGGAUCUUAACCGGAUCUCAUAGUAUGUUCUCAGAAUGCAUUCAUUCUUUGGCAGAUACAAUAAAUCAACUUAUAUUAGCUUAUGGAAUUCAUAAAUCAGUUCAGCAUGCUGAUGUUACACAUCCUUAUGGUUAUUCGAAUAUGAGGUAUGUAGCUUCUUUAAUAUCUGGAGUUGGAAUUUUUUGCGUUGGAACUGGAUUAUCGAUUUAUCAUGGAAUUUCUGGACUUGUUGACCCUCAUGCUAUUGAUGAUUUAUUCUGGGGAUACUGCGUUUUGGGUGGUUCUCUUCUUUCUGAAGGGGCAACUCUUCUCGUAGCUCUUCUAUCAAUAAAAAAAGGUGCUAGAGAAAGUAACAUGUCUUUAGGAGAUUACAUUCUACGCGGCCAAGAUCCGAGUGUUAAUGUGGUUUUAUUAGAAGAUGCCGCCGCGGUUAUUGGAGUUCUUGUAGCCGCAUCUUGUAUGGGUGUCUCUUCCGUUAUAAACAGCGCAAUCCCGGAUGCUAUUGGAUCGCUGUUAAUUGGGUGCAUUUUGGGAACUGUCGCUUCAUUUAUUAUUUAUACAAAUGUUGCAGCUUUAGUAGGAAGAUCAAUACCUCAACAUCAAUUAGAUAAAAUUAAUGCGGAAUUAGAAGCUGAUGUAAUGAUACGGGCGAUACAUGACGUUAAAGGGAUCGACAUGGGUAAUUAUUUAGUUAGGUAUAAAGCAGAAUUGGAUUUUGACGGUAGGGAAUUGACAAGAGCUUAUUUGGAUAAACAGGAUCUCAACGUUUUGUUAGAGGAAGUCAAAAGUUUUCAAAACAUCGAUCAGUUAGAAGAAUUUAUGUUGAAACAUGGGGAAACGAUAGUUGAUAUGAUGGGUGGGGAAAUAGAUAGGAUAGAAAUGAAAUUAAGGAAAAACCAUCCCGAAAUAAGACACUGUGAUUUGGAAAUUCUAUAAAUAAAAAAACAAAAAAAAAAUAAAUAAUAACAGGAAUAAAUAGGAUUUUAACUUGUAAGCUUUACCUUAAUUUUCCUUUUUUUUUUAGUUUGUAAAUAAUUAUUUAUACUUAAUUUUUUUUUAAGUAGCGAAAUCAAUCUUUAUAUUUAUGAAUCUAACUUUAAAUUUAUCGCAAAAAUAAAUUAAAUGGAGAAUU